AUGGGGGUCGUGCGAUCCAUGGUCCUCUAUGGGGCGCCCGUCUGGUCUAAUGACUUGGCGGGUGCCUCCAGCUGCAAGGCUCUACUCAGAAGCCUACAGCGGUUGAUGGCCAUACGGGUCGUACGGGGUUAUCGUACCAUCUUGUUUGAGGCGGCGACGGUCCUGGCGCGACAUCCACCCUUCGACAUUCUGGCCGACAUGGACGCGAUGGUCUAUGACCAAGUCCGUUCUGUUGGUCGGAAUGGUGAGGAGGCCGCGCCGGAUCAUGAGCCCGGAAUGCUACGGCGGAACGCGCAUACCCAGGCUCUGCGAGCGUGGCAGGCACGGCUUGUAAUCCAGGGCUGUGCCAGCCAACGCGCCGUCGGAGCCGUUCUGCCGAGCUUCGAAGCGUGGGUAGGGAGGAACGACUGUGUCACCUACCGAUUGACUCAGAUGCUUACCGGGCACGGUUGCUUCGGUGAGUAUCUGAAUCGAAUUGGACGGGAGGCCACGGCACAAUGCCACCAUUGCGGGUCCGACCGGGACUCCGCCCAGCAUACUCUGGAGGACUGCCCUGCAUGGGAGUCCGAACGUCGAGUCCUGGUCGGACAGAUCGGACGAAACCUGUCACCGCCAGCAUUAAUCGCGGCCAUGCUGGCGAGUGGCGAGGGAUGGGCAGCCGCGGUCUCCUUCUGCGAGGACGUUAUGCUCCAAAAGGAGGCCGCAGAGCGGGAUCGUUAG